UCCCUUUAUCUAAUUAUCUAAUAAUUUGAUGAUAAACUCAAUUGGCGAAUGAAUGAAUAUCUUCAUCGGAAAAUUUAGCAUGAGUUACCUCCGGCUAUCAUCUUCACCGGCGGAGACAUCUCUCCUCCGUCCUUCCGCCCUCUCAUUCUUUACACACCGCCGCCAGACUAUCCGGAGACACCUAUUUACUACCACCGUCCAGUGCUCUGCUUCUACACACUCCAAAAAACAGAAAGUCAUUGUUAUUUCCGGUCCAACCGGCGCCGGAAAAAGUAGACUCGCGUUAGAACUAUCUAAAAAACUUAAUGGCGAAAUCAUUAGCGCAGAUUCUGUACAGGUUUAUCAAGGUCUUGAUGUUGGAUCUGCAAAACCUUCUAUGAGUGAAAGACAGGAAGUGCCUCAUCAUUUAAUUGAUAUAUUGCACCCUGCCGAAGAUUAUUCUGCUGGGAACUUUUAUGAAGAUGGAAGGCAAGCUGCAAAAGAUAUUCUUAGUAGAGGUCGUGUUCCUAUAGUUACUGGAGGGACCGGAUUAUACUUAAGAUGGUUCAUAUACGGGAAACCUGAUGUUCCAAAGGCUACUCGAGAGAUUAGUUUGGAAGUGCACUCUGAGCUUGCUAACUUUGAGAGAAGCUAUGACUGGGAUGCUGCAGUGCAGUUGGUUACCAAAGCAGGUGAUCCAAGUGCUCAAUCUUUACCUGCCAAUGAUUGGUAUCGUUUGCGUCGCAAGCUUGAAAUCAUCAAGUCUACCGGGUUACCUCCAUCAGCGUUUCCAGUGCCAUAUGAUUCUUUUAAAGGAAAAGUUGAUUCACCUUCUAAAGAAGACAGCAUCGACAUCUUGACUAAUAUAAAUCCGGAUGUAAAGCAGAAGGAUUUGGAUUAUGAGUUUAUGUGCUUUUUUCUUUCAACGUCAAGAACAGAUCUCUAUAGGUCAAUUGACUUGCGUUGUGAAGAUAUGAUUUCAGGAGAUAAAGGCAUUUUGUCUGAGGCAAGAUGGCUCCUUGAUAUGGAUCUUCGGCCUAAUUCAAAUUCUGCUACACGAGCAAUAGGUUAUAGACAGGCUAUGGAAUACCUUUUAUAUUGUGAAGAACAAGGGGGCAAAAGUUCACCUCGUGACUUUUAUUCUUUUCUAUCUGAAUUUCAGAAGGCGUCAAGAAAUUUUGCAAAACGACAACUGACAUGGUUUCGCAAUGAGCCAAUCUAUCACUGGAUUGAUGCCUCAAGACCCCUUGAAGAGGUACUCAAUUUUAUAUGUAAUGCCUACCAUGAUCAAAGUGGAAAACUGGCAGUCCCUCGACCACUUGCAAUGGAAAAAGAUAUGUCAGAUCGACGAGAAAUUGCGCAGCUAAAAACCUAUCGGACUAAACGAGGGGUUUUCAUCAGCCAAGAGGAUUGUUUGGAUGUUCUUAACUGGAUAAGCAAUAGUAAAAGGCAAAAGACCGAAUUGAUUGCUAAGUAGCUUGUACGAUCAUUGAGGAUAGUCUUUUUUAACUGCUUCAACUCACACUUUGAAGGUGCACCCUGAAUUCAUUGGCAAUUGGCGUUCUGCUUUAGUACAUUAUCCUCAGCAAGCCUGAAUAUCUCUUCUGCUUUAAAACGCCUGGUGCAUCAGUUUGUGCAGUUAAUCCGGAGGUCAAGUUUUUUCAUGACAAACAGUGUUAUACAACAGGAAAUGUAAGUCCUGCACCUUAGAACGGAUGCGUUUGAUAUAUGUGCCAAGUUUAUAAAGCACAUUAACUGAUGACUAUUGUGUUAUUGUUGGAUUAUAGGUACUUGGUUUGUAGGUUACAUGGCUUUGAUGUAGCAUAUAGUUGUUUUUGUUUUGUACAAUAAAAGAGCACUUGUACACUGUAAUAAGUACAAGUACUUUUUUUC